ACUGGAUCGUCGUGAUCUAAAUUUAAGCGAUUAUUUCUUCACUUCAGAAGCCUAAAACCUUCAUUCCCCCCUCAGCUUCUAGACACGGAGAGUUUAUAUUCUGACUUUGGAAAAAAAUCAGCUCUGUAGCGAUGUUAAAUCGGUGAUUCACCGCGAAAUGUGGCCAAUUCCGACAUUGUUUUGAUACCACGAAUCACGAUGGGUGCCACCUACUUUUCGAAGGCAAUACCUUGCUAUUUGUCGAGGUUAUCAUGGAUUUCACAAAUUUGGUUAUUAGAAAUAUUCUGAAGUAAGCCAUGAAGCCGGGCUGCAAAGCGGGAAUAUGUGUUGAUUUGGAUCUUGGAGUGGGAAAUGGAACAAUUCCUGACAAUGAAAUAACUGCUUCUUCAGAGCAAAGUGCCAACACACCAGCCAAGAAUGGUCGACUGAACUACUCAUCAGGAUCAUCAUGGUGUGCAGGAACAAGUGACACCAACCCAUAUCUACAAAUUGACCUACAGACACUUUAUAUCAUCUGCGCUGUGUCCACUCAAGGGAAUUCUCAAGGAGAUCAUUGGGUGAAGAACUACAAACUACAAUUAUCAAUAGAUGGUGAGAAUUGGACGGACUAUAAGGAAGGCGGAAAAGUUAAGGUUUUACAAGGAAAUAAUGAUGGAAACUCAAGUGUUAAGCAUGUUGUUUAUGGAGUGUUAUCAAGAUAUUUGCGUUUCCUGCCACAAAAUCACCAGGGCAGGGUGUGUAUGAGAACAGAGGUGUUUGGAGCGAAACAAAAACCAAGUACAUAUAGCAUCUUCCUUGCUUGUGCCAUUGCAUUGUCUUGCAUUGUGGUUGUGUUGCUCAUUAUAAUUUGUGGACUGAUAUGGCAUCGGAGACGAGCUGUUCCUAGUGAAAGCAAAAAGCCUGAAGAGGAAGCUGGCGUCGAUGGCUUCGACCGCUCACGUGAUAAACAGCAACGUGAUCAACUUGCUUCAGAUCCUUGUUCAUAUGCGGAACCUAAACCCACGCCUCCGAACGGACAGUGUCAUGUACCUAAUGAGUACGAGUCCUUUGAGGAGGAAGCAGGGACCGCUGCCUAUUACAAUGUGACAAUUCACGAAGAAAGCAAUGAGAAACAAAAUGAAGAAGUUUAUGAGGAAAUAAGUCAAUUCUACAACUGAUUUUUUUCAUAUUAACAUAAUAGGAGAUAAUAGUGUUUUCGAGCGAUCAAAUAUUUUCAGAUACUAGAGUAUGGAUGGAAUAAUACGCUUGGGAAAGAUUGUAAUUGAGUAAUUAAAGGCCAUAUAAGGAAUAAAAAUCAUAACUAAGUGACGAAAAUGUGCAUAAGGAACAAAAUAGUUGUAGA